AGUUUUUAGUAGAAAACAGUAGUAAAUAAACGAUAGAUUUUUACUAAAAUAAAUAAGUAAGGCCUACUUAAAUGUCGCAAUCUAGUCAUUUACAUUGGCUUAAUUCGGUGUGUAGGAUAUAAUGUAUUUAAAAUGUUAAAAUUUUCUGUGUAUCAAAAUAUGUUAUUAUCGUCUUGAUAUCCACCCAACCUAUAUCCAUCCGUUUCAAUCCCAUCCUUUCUACAUUUUUCUCCAAAAUGUCUGCGGAAUCUGAUAUGGAAUACUCGGAUAACGAUGGGGACGACUACGAUUACUACGGAGGACAGGACGAUUGUGAUAUGGAAGCGGUGGACCGUAGUAAGGCUGAUCCCGAAUAUUUUUUAUACUCCUGUCACAAGGUAGAAGAAGUAGAAAAAUUGUUAAACGAAUCGAUUGAAUUGCUCAGCAACAGCCUACAAAUAACACCUUCCCUGGCAAAGGUUAUGUUACAUGCAUAUGAAUGGAAUGCUCAAGAGAUUAUAGCUAAGUAUAAAAAUAAUGCUAAUGAAGUGCUAGUGUACAGCCGGGUGAAGCCUCGCGUUCCUUCUGUCCAAGCAGGCUCCAGCAGGAUGUCCUGUGCAGUCUGUGCCAACACUCCAGCUCUGACCAAGUACAGUGCUCUUGCUUGCGGACAUUACUUCUGCAAUGAAUGCUGGGCUAUGCACUUUGAAGUACAAAUUAUGCAAGGUGUGUCAAACACUAUUCAGUGCAUGGCCCAGGACUGUGAAGUGCGGGCUCCAGAGGACUUUGUGUUGUCGCAUGUGGCUAAACCGGCGCUACGAGAACGCUACCAGCAGUUUAUGUUCAAAGAUCAUGUUAAAUCACAUCCACAACUUAGAUUUUGCCCAGGUCCAAAUUGCCAGUGGAUAUUCCAAGCGUGGGUGCGGACAGGCGCGCGCCGGGUGGAGUGCUCGGGCUGCGAGCUGCUCACGUGCUUCUCGUGCGGCGCGCCGCACCACGCGCCCACGGACUGCGCCACCAUCCGCCGCUGGCUCACCAAGUGCGCGGACGACUCCGAGACGGCCAACUACAUCAGUGCGCACACUAAGGAUUGCCCUAAAUGCCAAAUAUGCAUAGAGAAAAACGGAGGUUGCAAUCACAUGCAGUGUGGAGCUUGCAGACACGAUUUUUGUUGGGUGUGCCUGGGCGACUGGAAGACUCACGGCUCUGAAUACUAUGAGUGCAGUCGUUAUAAGGAAGACCCCAAUUUAACUAAUGACAAUCAACAUGCACAGGCACGUGAGGCUCUAAAAAAAUAUUUGCAUUAUUAUGAGAGAUGGGAAAAUCACGCACGAUCUCUGAAACUGGAGGAGCAGACCUUAGCAAGUCUCAAAAGUCGUAUUAAUCAAAAGGUGAUGGCUGGGGAGGGUACUUGGAUUGACUGGCAGUACCUGUGGGAUUCUGCGAGACUACUGAAGCGCUGCCGAUAUACCUUGCAGUAUACAUACCCUUAUGCUUAUUAUAUGGAAGUUGGACCUCGAAAAGAACUAUUCGAGUACCAGCAGGCUCAGCUGGAAGCAGAGAUUGAAAACUUAUCAUGGAAGGUAGAACGGGCAGAAACGACAGAUCGCGGCGAUUUAGAGAAUCAAAUGGACAUAGCAGAGAAAAGACGCACUACAUUACUCAAAGAUUUCCUAGAAUUUCAUACGAAUAGUGCUUCCAGUAGUAAAGCAUAACUAGUGUUAGACCAAGAUAAGUUUGCAACGGUUUUGAUAGCACACGCAGUGCAAGUGUUAUUUAUGCGUCAUAAUUUCAUAGAACUUUGUCGUUUAAAAUAACACUUGCACUGCGCGUGCUUUCAAAAUCGUUGCAGACUUUUCUUGGCCUGGGCUAUAACCGCGAAAGUCCAAGUUCGUCAAUUGCGGGCAUUUUUCUCUAAUUACGUCUUAGUGUAAAAGAGGAAGAUCCUCGCAAUUUGCGAUUUUUGGUUUUCGCGGUAGGCCCCCUGACUCUAAACCUCAAGUAUGAAGAUACGCAUUUUUUAAAAGUUAGUAGUUAACUAUGUAACAGCACCUAUGUAUAUUAAUUAUGAGAGCUAGAUUUUUUGUUCUGCCAAAGUAUAUUUAUAAACAAGAAUUUGCAAUAAUAUUUAAGUAAUUAAUAAUAAAAAUGGCAACAUC